AUGGAGACCGCAUUGUUUGCAUCUUUCUCACCUAUCACCACAGAAUUAUCUCCAAUCUCCCUCACCCAUUUCUUAACUACAACUGUCUUGAUCACUGCCCUAGUUCUCUAUUUUCUUUUACGAUCCAAGAGUAUAUACCUUGUCGAUUUCACCUGCUACCUGCCUCCUGAGAGCCUGCGGGUUCCAGCUUCGAAAUUCAUCGAACACAUUGAAAUAUCGGGAAUUCAUGAUAAAGAAAGUGUCAACUUCCAAGCCAAGGUAUUGGAAAGAUCAGGCAUCGGAUCGGAGAGUUGCAUGCCUGUUACAGUGCAUGAGAUCCCAUCUUAUUCUUCAUUGGAAGCUACUAGAAAAGAAACUGAACUGGUUCUCUUCACUGUUGUUGAAGACCUUCUUUCCAAACACAACAUAAAUCCGAAAAGCAUUGACAUUCUUGUAUCGAACUGCAGCCUUUUCUGCCCUACGGUGUCCAUUUCAUCAAUGGUCAUUAACAAGUUUGGAUUUCGAAGCAACAUAAAGAGCAUCAGCCUCGGUGGAAUGGGUUGUAGUGCGGGAAUCUUGUCGAUAAGUUUGGCUAAAGAUCUUCUAAAAGUUCACAAGAAUUCAUUGGCUUUAGUUCUCAGCAUGGAAGCUGUAACUCCCAACGGUUAUAAUGGUAAAAGAAAAUCAAUGCUUCUUCCAAACAUUUUGUUCCGAAUGGGAGGAGCUGCUAUCCUACUAUCAAAUAGGAAACAAGACGAGGGAAUAGCUAAGUACGAGCUCCAGCAUCUUGUUCGAACCCACAUUGGUUCGGAUGACCAAGCAUACGAAUCUGUUUUCCAGCAACCUGAUGAAGCAGGACAUGUAGGGGUCUCACUGUCGCGGGAACUUGUACAUGUGGCCACCAAAGCUCUGAGAAUUAACUUAUCGGAGUUGGGGCCACUCGUGUUACCAUAUUCUGAGCUGCUUCGAUAUGGAUGGUCAAUGAUCCACAAGAAGCUUUGGUUUUUUCCAAAGCAAAAGGCAAUUUACGUUCCGAAAUUCAACAAGGCUCUCCAGCAUUUCUGUAUACAUGCCGGUGGAAGGGCGGUGAUUGAUGGAAUUGUAGAUAGUCUCAAGCUGCAGAAAGAAGAUGGAGAAGCUUCGAAGAUGACGUUACACAGAUUUGGCAACACUUCAUCAUCUUCGGUGUGGUACGAGCUAUGCUACUUGGAGGCAAAAGGAAGGGUGAAGAAAGGAAACCGAGUUUGGCAAAUUGCGUUUGGAAGUGGCUUCAAGUGUAACAGUGCAAUCUGGAAAUGCAAUAAGGAUAUUGAUCGGACAGAAAGAAAUGCGUGGUCGGACAGCAUCCAUUCGUAUCCCAUUGACGAUGAGGCCCCAAAUGUAACCAAAUGA